CGCUCAAUUACCGUGCUUGACUCCCGUGCCUCCACGUCGCCGGGGGGACCGCCAAUGUCUGACGAUCCCAGCGAGCCCCGCUCCCGCCGUGUCGGCUGGUCGCCCACUCGAGUUGCCUCCUCGACCUGCCAACCGCUGUGCUGCCGUUGCUGAUGCCGUUGCUGCUGCCGCCGCCCUCUGGGACCGCCAACACCGCCGCAGCUGCUGCUCUAUCAGGGGCCUCGCACCCCCCUGGUCCUGGUCUUGGCCCUGGUCUCGCACCCUCCCUAGUCCUGGCCGCCCUGCCUCGACAUUUGGCUUCGGCUUUUUGCUCCAGCUCCCAGCGGAGACUCCCUCGGUCCGCCGCCGCGGCUUGGGCCUGCCUGUCACCCUGUCUGUCACGGCUGUAGCACCCUCUCACCUGCUUCUGGCCGGUUUUCCCGGCGCUCCUGUGACCCCCUGCCACUCCCAUGGCACUGCCGCGCGCCUGUACCGGUCCCUGAGCGCUGUCAUGCUCGAUUCGCCCCUGAUAUUGCAUGGCCCCAUCGGCUGGGUGGCUCCUGGCGCUGGGGGUAAAUGCUCUUUUACCAUUUAUUCCCAGCGGUGGCCUCCAUAGCAAUGCCACGCGCCUCUGUCGCCAUCUAACCUAGCUUCGCCGACGUGUUCGCUGGCUUCUGUCACCGUAGCCUGCCUUGCCCAGUCACGCCGACAGGCAUACGCGUUAAUCACCGUCGUUCUUCUCUCCCCCUAUAUCUAUCUCAUUGUCCCCGUAUUCUUUGUCCUCCUCCCCGCAACUCCGCCCGCUAAACAACACAUACGGGCACUCCCUGCCACUUGACACCCCCAUUUGCAAACCGUGAUGCCUGAGAAAGCGCAGCCGACUCGAGGCUCCUCGACUCAUUAUGACAUUGUCAUCGUCGGCGCCGGCCCUGUGGGCUUGAUGCUCUCGACCUGUCUGGCGCGAUGGGGCUACAAAAUCAAGCACAUCGACAACAGGAGCGAACCUACGCCAACCGGCCGUGCUGAUGGCAUCCAGCCGCGCUCGCUAGACCUGCUGCGCAACAUGGGGCUGAAGUCGGCAAUCAUGGAGCACAAGCCCGCACGCGUCUAUGAGGUUGCCUUCUGGGACCCGUCCGCAGCCAGCUCGGGCAUCGAGAGGACAGGCACCUGGGCCAGCUGCCCCAGCUUCAUCGACGCCAGGUAUCCCUUCACCACCCUGUUGCACCAAGGGUUCAUCGAGCGUGUCUUCAUCUCCGACCUGGCCAAGAGCAACGUCCAGAUCCAGAGACCCUGGACCAUCGCCGGCUUCACCUCGGACCCGGCCAGCGACCCGCUGUACCCAAUCGAGGUGCAACUGCAGCACGUCGACGGCACUGCCCGCGAGACCGUCCGCACCAAAUAUCUCUUUGGCGGCGAGGGCGCACGCUCCUUCAUCCGCGAGCAGCUGGGCAUUGGCAUCAGGCACAAGGACCCGAUCGAGCACGUCUGGGGCGUCAUGGACGGUGUGGUCCGAACCGACUUUCCCGAUAUCAAGAUGAAAUGCACGAUUCACUCCCGACACGGCUCAAUCAUGGUCAUCCCCCGCGAGAACAACCUGGUGCGUCUCUACAUCCAGAUUGCCUCGUCCACCGACAAGGAUUGGAACCCGCGCAAGACGGCGACCGAGGCCGAGGUGCAGGCCUCCGCCAAGAAGAUUUUCCAGCCCUUUUCGGUCGAGUGGGACAGGGUGGAGUGGUACUCGGUCUAUCCUAUCGGCCAGGGUAUUGCCGACAAGUACACUCUGGACCACCGUGUGUUCCUGGGCGGUGAUGCCUGCCACACCCACAGCCCCAAGGCGGGUCAGGGAAUGAACACGGCCUUCCUCGACGCCCAGAAUCUGGCGUGGAAAAUACACGCUGUUGAGCAGGGCUUUGCCGACCGGACGCUGCUAGAGACGUACGAGCCGGAGCGCAGGGCUGUGGCAGAAACGCUGCUCGACUUCGACAACAAGUAUGCCAAGCUGUUUUCGCAGCGCCCGCCAGACGCCAGCGAGAUUCGGGCCGCCUCGGAGAACCACGGCAAGCAAGGGGGUGAUGACAAUGAGUUUGUCAAGACCUUCAAGGAGGCAUGCGAGUUCACGAGCGGCUACGGGGUCGCCUACGGACCCAACGCCCUGAACUGGUCGCCCAGCCACCCAGCAUCGUCCGAACUGAUCAACCCCAAGGGCAACAAGCUCCGGACCGGGAGGCUCUUCCGCAACUCGGACGUGACCCGCAUAGCAGACGCAAACGUGGUCCACCUAGAGCAGGAGGUACCUCUGAACGGCUCGUUCCGCAUUUUUGUUUUCGCCGGCAAGCCGUCGCUGACGCGCGUUGCACUCGCCGACUUUGCACGAUACAUGCUCCGCAAGGGCUCCUUCCUGGCCUCGUACCUGAGGCCAGACAUGGAGACGGUGUCGUACCACGAGCACCACAACCCUCACAGCCUGUUCUUCACCUUCUGCACCGUUUUUGCAGCCCCUCGGAGCUCCAUCGAGAUCAGCCGCGACGUCCCCGAUAUCCUCGCGCGCUACCGAGGCCACGUGUACGCCGACGACCGCCAGAACUACGAGAGCAUCGAGUGGGGCCAGCCCGCCAUGUCUGCACACAAGAAGCUGGGGCUGGACGAGGAGCGCGGCGGCGUGGUGGUGGUCAGGCCAGACGGCUACGUUGCCCUGUCGACUCGCCUAGUUGAAGGAACCGGCACCGUAGACGCGCUCAAUGAGUACUUUGGCUCGUUCUGCACAAGGAGUCUUGGCGGCAAAGUCACAGCACAACUAUGAAGCGCAUAGAAGGCGAGGAGGACGUCGUUUCACCUGGCUUGGUUGGAUUCGCGCGUUUUGAUUCACAAUAGAUACUACACUAUACACUGUCAUCUGAGCGGUUUUACAUCAUAAUCUAUGCUUUAUUUCUCUUGGAUCUCUACCUCUAUCUCUCCAGUCUGUUGCUUCUUGUCUGUCUGUCUUUCUCUGAAGCACAUGCUCAAGUGCAAAGCUCCUCUGCACUUCCAUGGCAGCACAUUAUCAAAAGCACAUCCAUUGCAGGGCAAUCACUGUUCACUCCCGACUCGUAAGCAUCGCCGUAACUCGAUAGUCACUUGCACCUUCAUUUGGACAUAUGCUUCAGUGUCUGCUGUGAGAGUUUACUUUUCUUGUCAUUGAGUUGAACC